GUCACCACCGUCGAAUUUCUACAACUAAAAACCCAUUUUCUAAACAAAACCAAAAGCUUUCACCGUAUUUAAGUGAGUCUGAAUAACAAAGUGUGCAUGUCUGUGUGGCGACUGAGACUAAACACACCUGUUGCUGCGAUGCUUUGACCACAUUUCGAUAUUUGGCUUUUGGCAAGCACCAUUCACCCAGGAAAGCGCUCUUCUAAACGCAUUUUAAACGAAAGGCAAUCAAUAUUGUGCGUCCGAAUGAAACUUCAAAUAUGAGUACAGGAGACCGUAAGGAGCAAGCCUCGUUAACACCGCAACAGCAACAAUCGCCGCAGCAGUCAGAGCAACAGCAACAGCAACCAAUUACCCGACACGAUGCCUUGGAUAGUUCUAGUGCUAACAAUAAACUAAAUCAUAAACACAAUAACGAUAAGGAUAAGGAUAAGGAUAGGGACUCCACUAGCGAUAAGAAUUGGGAGGCGGCGGGCCGAGAUUUAUUGCCGGCCAGUGUUGUCAUCGUCGAUGAAUCAUGUCCCUCGAAAAGUCAGAAUCAGAAGCAGCCGAUAGAGUCGAGAAGUGGAAGUGGAACCACCUCCUCAUCGCAGCGUCGCCGGCAAUUGCAAUUCCAGAGACAAAAGGAGGCCAAACUUUAUGACCGUGGCGAUGUGGAAAGGGAAAGGGAACGGGAGAGGGAAACCUCGACCUCGACCUCAACCUCCACUUCCACCACCGCCCCAACUACUGUGAUGGGUGGCGGGGAGCUGGUGAACUGUAUAGCCUACGAUGACAACACCCUGGUCAUCGAGAGGAAACCCUCGCCCACCUCCCCGUCCACUUCCCGGCGCUAUCUGAAGGCCGAAACUCCGACGCGUGGCAGUCGAAAGUACAAUCGCAAGUCAUCGUCGUCGGUGAAAAGUGAUUUGGAAGUGGUCGUUGUGAAGCCGGAACACCAUCAUCAGCAUCGAUCGCCUACGAUAACGCUUCCGGUUCCCGCUAACCCACUAACCACCUCGGCAUCGGCGGGCAGUACGCCCACGGGAGCGGGAUUGGGAGCAGGAUUGGGAACGGCCUCGGGAACGGUCCUGCAACAAAGUUGCAGUGCCCUCGAUCCGCCCGAGGAUCCGAAUCAGCCCAGUGGGACCAGGAGGCGACCCACCAGCACUGAGCUCGCCCUCAGCAACGUCACCAGUCAGAUUGUGAACAACUCCACCUACAAGCUAGACUUUAAACAGCGCCGGCAUAAAAGCAACAACGGUGAACCAGCAGCUGCAAGCGAAUCCAGAUCGGGUUCCUUGACGGGAUUAGCCAGUGGAUCGGCGACCAGUCCUUCCGCGGCAGGACCCUCAACCUCCAGCGGCAAGCGUCGCAAAUCGAGUUGCACCUCCUGCGGCGGUGGUGGCAUUAGUGCUCCGCCCCCCCAAAGGCUAACGCCCGAAGAGGCGUGGCAGCUGCAGCCGCAGAACAGCGUCACCAGUGCGGGCAGCACGAAUAGCAGUUUUAGUGGUGGCUGCGACGAGGAUAGUAGUUACAGUGCCGUCGGUGGCGACAGCAGCAGCAGCAACAGUUGCAACUGCGACAUAACCGGUGAUAAUAGCACCCUCCACGGCUUCGGCGUCGGCGACGUUAGCAGCUUUAUCGGCGAUUGUGACGAGGACUAUAACGAGGACGACGACGGAGGACACACCAAUCAGGAUCUCAGUUCGCAGACCCUUCGCACAGCGGCCAUCGUUGCCGCAGUUGCGGCUGCAGCCAAGGAACAGGCCCAGGAGCAAUCGCUAGCCGACUGCGAGAGCUUCAGCGAUCGGCAGCGACAGGAUGCCGAUGAGGGUGUCCGCAUCAUCCAGGAUAUCGGCGGCAGCGGCAACAACGACUCCCUCGAAGACGUCGGUGAGGUCGACGACAACGCCGACGUUGUCGUGAGAAAGAACUCGCGGAAUCGUCCGUCGAUAAGGAGGACAUGCAGGAUCACCGAGGAGGACGAUGAUCAGGAGCUAGAUCAGGAGCUAGACGACGAGGAGCCCGAGGGCACCACCAUUGACAUUGAUGAACAGGAACAGCAGCAGCUGGAGCAAGGGGAAUCCGCUGAAGAGGACGACGAGGAGGAGGAGGACGACGACGACGAGGACGUCGACGAGUAUUUCGAGGAGGAGGAGGACGACACCCAGGCCUUUUCGCCAUUCUACUCCAGUUCCGCGGAGCUAAUUGACAAUUUUGGUGGCGGUGCGGGCAAGUUCUUCAACAUCAUGGACUUUGAGCGCGGAGCCUCCGGCGGAGGUGGCUUCUCGCCAAAUGGCAAUGGAGGUCCCGGCAGCGGCGAUGCCUCCAGGGUGGCCAGAUACGAUUCCGGGGAGGGGGAUCUGGGCGGCGGCAACAAUAUCAUGGGCAUCGAUUCUAUGGGCAUUGCAAACAUUCCGGAGACCAUGAACGGCACCACAAUUGGACCAAGUGGAGCUGGUGGCCAAAAAGCUGGUGCUGCCGCCGGUGCCGCUGGCCAAAAGAGACAACAGCGACGGGGCAAACCGCAGCCAGAUAGACCGCAAAGAGCCCUAUUUUGCCUGAGCCUCAAGAAUCCCUUGCGAGCCCUGUGCAUUCGCAUUGUGGAGUGGAAACCAUUUGAGUUCCUUAUUUUGUUAACCAUAUUUGCCAAUUGUAUUGCCUUGGCUGUAUACACGCCCUAUCCGGGCAGCGAUUCGAACAUAACGAAUCAAACUUUGGAAAAAGUUGAAUAUAUAUUCCUAGUAAUAUUCACAGCGGAAUGUGUUAUGAAAAUUUUAGCAUAUGGUUUUGUGUUACAUAAUGGUGCAUAUCUAAGAAAUGGAUGGAAUUUAUUAGAUUUUACAAUUGUAGUUAUAGGAGCGAUAAGUACUGCACUCUCCCAACUGAUGAAGGACGCCUUCGAUGUGAAGGCCCUACGUGCCUUUCGUGUGCUACGUCCACUGCGACUUGUAUCGGGUGUACCAAGUCUACAGGUUGUGCUGAAUUCAAUUUUGAAGGCCAUGGUGCCACUGUUUCACAUUGCACUCCUGGUCCUGUUCGUAAUCAUAAUCUAUGCGAUCAUUGGCCUAGAGCUCUUCUCGGGCAAAUUGCACAAGGCGUGUCGCGACGAGAUCACAGGUGAAUUCGAGGAGAAUAUCCGACCCUGUGGAGUGGGCUACAAAUGUCCGCCGGGCUUUAAGUGCUACGGCGGCUGGGAUGGACCAAACGAUGGCAUUACCAAUUUCGACAACUUUGGCCUGGCCAUGUUGACGGUGUUCCAGUGCGUCACCCUCGAGGGCUGGACGGAUGUCCUAUAUAGCAUCCAAGAUGCGAUGGGCAGCGAUUGGCAGUGGAUGUACUUCAUUUCCAUGGUCAUUCUGGGCGCCUUCUUCGUGAUGAACCUAAUUCUCGGUGUGUUGUCCGGAGAGUUCUCCAAGGAGCGUAACAAGGCCAAGAAUCGCGGUGACUUCCAGAAGCUGCGCGAGAAGCAGCAAAUCGAAGAGGAUCUGCGGGGAUACCUUGACUGGAUUACCCAGGCCGAGGACAUCGAACCGGACGCCGUGGGCGGCCUGAUAUCCGAUGGCAAGGGCAAGCAGCCCAACGAAAUGGACUCCACCGAGAACCUGGGCGAGGAAAUGCCCGAGGUCCAGCUGACUGAAUCGCGUUGGCGUAAAAUGAAAAAGGACUUCGAUCGGGUCAACAGACGAAUGCGACGAGCCUGCCGCAAGGCUGUCAAGUCCCAGGCAUUUUACUGGCUCAUCAUUGUCCUGGUGUUCCUCAACACGGGAGUCCUGGCCACAGAGCACUACGGGCAACUCGAUUGGCUGAAUAACUUUCAGGAAUACACCAACAUGUUCUUCAUCGGUCUUUUCACCUGUGAAAUGUUGUUAAAAAUGUACAGUCUGGGCUUUCAGGGCUACUUUGUGUCUUUGUUCAAUCGCUUCGAUUGUUUCGUGGUGAUUGGCAGUAUAACAGAGACCCUGUUGACCAAUACGGGAAUGAUGCCUCCUCUGGGCGUAUCCGUGUUGCGAUGUGUGCGUCUACUGAGAGUCUUCAAAGUAACCAAGUACUGGCGAUCCCUUUCCAAUCUCGUCGCUUCCCUAUUGAACUCCAUACAAUCGAUUGCUUCGCUUUUGUUACUGCUCUUCCUAUUUAUUGUGAUAUUUGCUCUGCUGGGUAUGCAAGUCUUUGGCGGUAAAUUUAAUUUUGAUGGCAAGGAGGAGAAGUAUCGGAUGAAUUUCGACUGCUUCUGGCAAGCUCUGCUCACGGUCUUUCAGAUCAUGACUGGUGAAGAUUGGAAUGCUGUGAUGUAUGUGGGCAUCAAUGCCUAUGGCGGAGUGUCCUCUUACGGUGCUUUGGCCUGUAUUUACUUUAUCAUUUUGUUUAUAUGCGGCAACUAUAUCCUGCUGAACGUGUUCUUGGCCAUUGCUGUGGAUAAUUUGGCCGAUGCCGACUCGCUGUCCGAGGUGGAAAAGGAAGAGGAACCUCAUGAUGAGUCAGCUCAGAAGAAGUCACAUAGUCCCACUCCAACAAUCGAUGGCAUGGAUGAUCAUCUCAGCAUAGACAUUGAUAUGGAGCAUGAAGAACUGGAUGACGAAGAAAAAAUGGACCAUGAAACCUUAUCGGAUGAGGAAGUCCGUGAAAUGUGCGAGGAAGAAGAAGAAGUGGAUGAAGAAGGCAUGAUUACAGCACGACCCCGACGUAUGUCCGAGGUUAAUACGGCAACGAAAAUUCUACCCAUACCGCCGGGCACAUCAUUUUUUCUUUUCUCGCAAACGAACAGAUUCCGCGUCUUCUGCCAUUGGCUUUGCAAUCACAGCAACUUCGGCAAUAUCAUCCUGUGUUGCAUUAUGUUUUCGUCGGCUAUGUUGGCAGCAGAAAAUCCUCUGAGAGCCAACGAUGAACUGAACAAAGUGCUCAAUAAAUUUGAUUAUUUUUUCACGGCAGUUUUCACAAUAGAACUGAUUCUGAAAUUGAUUUCAUACGGUUUCGUAUUACACGACGGAGCCUUUUGCAGAUCCGCAUUUAAUCUAUUAGAUUUACUUGUGGUCUGCGUGUCAUUGAUCUCUCUAGUGUCCAGUUCGAAUGCGAUUUCAGUCGUGAAAAUUCUACGUGUGCUUCGUGUUUUAAGGCCACUCAGAGCCAUUAAUCGUGCCAAGGGUCUCAAGCAUGUUGUUCAAUGUGUCAUAGUCGCUGUAAAGACUAUCGGAAAUAUUGUGCUCGUCACAUGCCUACUGCAGUUCAUGUUUGCCGUAAUAGGAGUCCAGUUGUUUAAGUAUGUGGUCAAGUGCGUUGUAGUCGCCAUAAAAACCAUUGGUAAUAUCAUGUUGGUGACAUAUUUGUUACAAUUCAUGUUCGCUGUUAUUGGAGUACAACUCUUUAAGGGUAAAUUUUUCAAGUGCACUGAUGGAUCCAAAAUGUCGCAAGAAGAAUGCUACGGAACCUAUCUGGUCUAUGAUGAUGGGGAUGUCCACAAGCCGCGACUCAGGGAACGGGAAUGGAGUAACAAUCGGUUCCACUUCGACGACGUGGCCAAGGGCAUGUUGACCCUUUUCACGGUAUCCACCUUUGAGGGUUGGCCCGGUUUGCUGUACGUUUCAAUUGAUUCGAAUAAAGAAGAUGGCGGUCCAAUACACAACUUCCGUCCGAUCGUGGCUGCCUACUAUAUAAUCUACAUUAUUAUUAUUGCCUUCUUUAUGGUGAACAUAUUCGUCGGUUUCGUUAUUGUCACCUUCCAGAACGAGGGUGAACAGGAAUACAAAAAUUGUGAUCUGGACAAGAACCAGCGUAAUUGCAUAGAGUUCGCUUUGAAAGCGAAGCCUGUGAGGCGCUAUAUACCGAAGCACGGUAUACAAUAUAAGGUCUGGUGGUUCGUCACAUCAUCGUCCUUUGAGUACACCAUCUUUAUACUGAUCAUGAUAAAUACGGUAACGCUGGCCAUGAAGUUCUACAAUCAGCCGUUGUGGUACACGGAACUUUUGGAUGCUUUGAAUAUGAUAUUUACAGCGGUCUUUGCCCUGGAGUUUGUUUUCAAACUAGCCGCAUUUCGAUUUAAGAAUUACUUUGGUGAUGCCUGGAACGUUUUCGAUUUUAUCAUUGUUUUGGGCAGUUUUAUAGACAUUGUCUACUCUGAAAUUAAGAGCAAGGAACCUCCAAAAACGAACGAGUGCGACAUUGUCGAGGGCUGUAAAACUGCAAAAAAAGCCGCUGGUUCAAAUCUGAUAUCAAUCAACUUCUUUCGCCUGUUCCGUGUUAUGCGCCUUGUUAAGCUUCUGAGCAAAGGCGAAGGCAUUCGAACAUUGCUUUGGACUUUUAUCAAAUCUUUUCAGGCUCUGCCCUAUGUAGCCCUGCUUAUUGUGCUUCUGUUCUUCAUUUAUGCAGUGGUUGGGAUGCAAGUUUUUGGCAAAAUUGCUUUGGAUGGUGGUAACGCCAUAACGGAAAAUAACAACUUCCAGACCUUCCAACAGGCGGUUCUCGUACUUUUCCGAUCGGCCACCGGAGAAGCCUGGCAGGAGAUCAUGAUGUCCUGCUCGGCCCAACCGGACGUCAAGUGCGAUAUGAACUCAGAUACGCCUGGGGAUCCGUGCGGCUCCUCAAUAGCCUAUCCCUACUUUAUUUCCUUUUAUGUUCUCUGCUCGUUUUUGAUUAUUAACCUUUUCGUCGCCGUCAUUAUGGAUAACUUUGAUUAUCUGACACGCGAUUGGUCCAUUUUGGGCCCCCAUCACCUGGACGAGUUUAUUCGUCUUUGGAGCGAAUACGAUCCGGAUGCCAAGGGUCGCAUCAAACACUUGGACGUGGUCACAUUGCUGCGGAAGAUCUCUCCGCCCCUCGGUUUCGGCAAACUGUGUCCCCAUCGAAUGGCCUGCAAGCGACUGGUCUCCAUGAACAUGCCCCUCAAUUCCGAUGGUACGGUCCUGUUCAAUGCCACACUAUUCGCCGUGGUCCGUACAUCGCUGAGCAUCAAAACCGAUGGCAAUAUCGAUGAUGCCAACUCCGAGCUGCGGGCCACCAUCAAGCAGAUCUGGAAGCGUACGAAUCCCAAGCUCCUCGAUCAGGUGGUUCCGCCGCCGGGCAACGAUGACGAGGUGACCGUUGGCAAGUUCUAUGCCACAUAUCUCAUUCAGGACUACUUCCGGCGGUUCAAGAAGCGCAAGGAGCAGGAGGGCAAGGAGGGCCAUCCGGACAGCAAUACGGUCACACUGCAGGCCGGUCUGCGAACGCUGCACGAAGUUUCCCCCGCCCUCAAGAGGGCAAUCUCCGGUAAUCUGGAUGAAUUGGAUCAGGAGCCAGAGCCGAUGCAUCGCCGCCACCACACUCUUUUUGGCAGCGUGUGGUCUUCGAUCCGCCGGCAUGGAAACGGAACCUUCCGGAGGAGCGCCAAGGCGACGGCCUCCCAGAGCAACGGUGCUUUGGCGAUCGGCGGAUCCGCCGCCGCUGCCAUGGGCGGUAGCACGAUGGUCCUGGGGAGCGGCGAUCCCGCGGGCGGGGACUAUCUGUAUGAUACCCUGAAUCGCAGUGUGGCCGAUGGGGUGAACAAUAUCACGCGGAACAUAAUGCAGGCCCGAUUGGCGGCAGCCGGAAAGCUGCAGGACGAACUGCAGGCGACCGGAAGUGGCGGGGAGCUGAGGACCUUCGGCGAGAGCAUCUCCAUGCGACCGCUGGCCAAAAACGGAGGCGGAGCGGCCACUGUGGCAGGAACACUGCCGCCCGAGGCGAAUGCCAUCAACUAUGACAACCGCAAUCGUGGUAUUUUAUUGCAUCCAUAUAACAAUGUCUACGCACCCAAUGGUGCUAUUCCUGGCCACGAACGCAUGAUCCAAUCGACACCAGCUAGUCCCUACGAUCAGCGUCGUUUACCAACUUCAUCUGAUAUGAACGGCCUAGCCGAGUCAUUGAUUGGAGGGGUACUCGCCGCUGAGGGAUUAGGUAAAUACUGUGACUCCGAAUUUGUGGGGACUGCUGCGCGGGAGAUGCGAGAGGCGCUGGACAUGACGCCCGAGGAAAUGAACCUGGCCGCCCACCAGAUCCUCUCGAACGAGCACUCGCUGAGCCUGAUUGGCAGCAGCAAUGGCAGCAUCUUCGGUGGAUCGGCCGGUGGAGUGGGAGGAGGAGCUGGGGGUGGACUGGGCGGUAGCAGCAGCAUUCGCAACGCCUUCGGCGGAAGCGGAAGUGGUCCGUCCUCGCUGUCGCCGCAACAUCAGCCAUAUUCGGGCACUCUGAAUUCACCACCGAUUCCGGAUAAUCGUCUGAGACGUGUUGCCACAGUCACGGCCACGAACAAUAACAAUAAGUCCCAACUUAGCCAAAACAAUUCAAGUAGCUUAAAUGGUAGAGCUAAUGUCAAUAGCCAAACGAACCAAAUGUCACCAAAUGCACAGCAAAUGCAGCAACAAUCGCCCCAAAGAGGUCAGGGCAACCAGACCUUCUCCUCAUAGCACCCACAUUGUAAGCUACACAUACAGAAUGUCUUCUUGAUGGAAUUUUAAGUGUACAUCUAGCGAUGGGCCAUUUAUCUAUAAUUUUUAGCGGAGAAAAAACACAUUAGUCUUAGCGUCGGGAAUUGUUAUAUUUGACGUUGUUCGCAAGCGAGAACCAAACAAAGAAACUUGUAUAACUUGUAUAAAGAAAAUCGCCUAAUUGUAAAUGUAUAAAAAUAGUAAUGCUUUUGCCUUUUUGAGAAAUCUAUCGUUGGCCUUCGUCCUCUAACGAGCCACAAAACCAAAAACAAAAAACCAACAAAACUAAACUGAACAAAUUGGGGGAAAUGUAUAUUUUUGGACAAAGAAAGAGAAAACCAACCUAAACUGAUAAUGUUUAAAUUGUAAUUAGAAAUAAAGAUCAAAACCAAAAAUAAGUAAAAGAAAAAACACACCAAUAUAAUUGAUUAGGUAAUAAUCACCAAAACAUAAACAAAUAAUUAUACAUUAACAUUGAACAUUUAAAAAUUAUUGAUCGAGAGUGUAAUUACCUAUUUCGAUUUAGACGCAUUUUAUUUUUUAAGUAUUUAAUAAAGGAACAAUUAAUGAUAAAUGGAAUUGUUUAUUAUAUAUGUAGCAGACAUAUAUCUAUAAAAUUCAUAAAUGUAAUAGCAUAAUUUCAAACUGAACCAGAGACCGAAGCCCCUAUAAAAAUUAAUGUAAACUGAAUUUUAAUUGUUAUGAUUGAAUUUUUACAAUAAAAACCAGAAA